CAGGCUUUGAUGAAAAAUAGAUUCCUAAACAAGCCAAACCUGCCAAACAGGAAUAAAAGCUUUCAGUGGAAGCAUAAUGUUCCCUUGAAACAGAAGUGUUUUAGCUUGUACGAGCAUAUUUCACUCUUGAAAAGAAAUGAGAUCAUGUUUCAUUUCAGGAAGAUGUACGCUUCAGGAAAAUUCCUAUCCUCUUUUAUAAUAUCAUCAGGUAUAUAUCUGGAGCAGAAUCAACCCUCUCAUUUACAUAAAAUAAAAAAAUGGCAUAUUGUUGGAAAACAGAUCUAAAUACCAGUGAAUCACAUCAAGAGCAGCAUGAGCACCAAGAAUUUCACUCUGUAAAUCAGUUCCUUUUCCCUAACCCAGUCAGCCUGGGUUUUGAUCAGCUAGUAGAUGAGAUCAGUAAUAACAUUCCGCUCUAUCAGAGUGAAAAUGAAGAAAACACUGUUUUUGUUCCCAGUGCACCAAGCAGGGACUCAAGAACACAUUCGUUAGAUGAAACACACCAAAUAUCCUUGAAUGAAUUAACUUCUAAAAGCUCAGAACUCUCCUGUCACCAAGUUAGGAAAACACCAGUAAUUGGCUUUAGGAGCUCUGUGCUACCAAAUCCUGAAAACACGAACAAAGGAAGCUCUUGGGGAAACCCCAUAGGAAAACAUCAUGGUGUUGAUGAUUACAGAUUCAAUAUUUUAGCUUCAUCGUCCACUAGUUUGGAUAAAAUUAAUUCACAGAGAGAAUUAGAAAAUGAAAAUCAUAACUACCACAUAGGAUUUGAAAGUAGCAUCCCUUCUAUAUAUCCAUCCUUUUCAACUGACUUCAUGCCAAAAGAAGAGAAUAAAAGAGGCAGAAAUAUGGACAUUGUGGAACAUUCUCUGAUGCCUUUUAAAGGUUCUUCUUUACCCAGGACCUGGGAAAAUACAUGGCUAAAGAAUAGAGAGCUGGCAGGUUGUUCUCUUCAGCUAGUUGAAGUACCUCAAGGCAGUAAUAAGACUCUGGCCUCCUUCUGCGACAAAGUAAAAACAAUAAGAGAAACAUAUCAUGCAGCUGACAUUAAUUCCAAUUCAGGGAAGAUCUGGAGCACUACUACAGCAUUUCCCUAUCAGCUCUUUUCUAAUACUAAGUUUAACAUAAAUAUUUGUAUUGAUAACUCAACGCAACUACUUCAUUUUACACCAUAUGCUAAUUAUCUUGUCAAAGACCUAACAGCAGAGAUUCUACAUUUUUGUACAAAUGACCAGUUAUUCCCCAAAGAUCAUCUUCUAAGUAUAUGUGGCUCUGAAGAAUUUUUGCAGAAUGAUUUUUCUUUGGGGAGCCACAAAAUAUUUCAGAAAGAUAAAUCUGUUAUUCAACUCAAUCUGCAGAAAAAUGGGAAAGUUCCAGGAAAGUUAUGUCGAAAGCAUGAAGAUGACCACAGUCAGUUUUAUCUGAACCAACUUCUAGAAUUUAUGCAUAUUUGGAAAGUAUCCAGACAGUGCCUCUCAACAGUAAUCAAAAAAUAUGACUUCCACCUGAAAUCCCUACUGAAAACCCAGCAAAAUGUAGAUAAUAUUAUUGAAGAAGUAAAAAAUAUAUGCAGUGUUCUGGGGUGUGUGGAGACCAAACAAAUUACAGAUGCUGUAAAUGAACUACGUCUAAUUCUUCAGAGAAAAAUAGAGAAUUUUCAUCAAAAUUCAGAGACUUCAGCAAAAGGCUUGAUAGAGAAAGUGACAACUGAACUAUCCAGGUCCAUCUACCAGCUUAUCAAUGCCUAUUGCUGCAGCUUUUAUGCAGAUUUCCAGCCUCUAAAUGUACCUGAUGACAUUUCCUAUGUAAAUCCUGGGCUCCAUUCCCACCUUAGCUUCACGGUGUAUGCAGUUCACAAUAUUCCAGAGACUUGGGUGCACAGCUAUAAAGCAUUUUCUUUUUCCUGUUGGCUUACAUAUGCUGGAAAGAAGUUGUGCCAAGUGAGAAGCUACAGAAAUAUUCCAGUCAAAAAAUUGUUUUUUCUCUUGGUCAACUGGAAUGAAACGAUCAAUUUUCCUCUUGAAAUAAAGUCACUUCCAAGGGAAUCCAUGCUCACUAUAAGAUUGUUUGGGAUUGUCUAUGCAACCAAUAAUGCCAAUUUAUUGGCUUGGACUUGUCUUCCAUUGUUUCCAAAAGACAAAUCCAUUCUUGGGUCUAUGCUAUUCAGCAUGACGUUACAGAAUGAGCCUCCCAUAGAAAUGAUAGCUCCAGGAGUGUGGGAUAUAAGCCAGCCAUCUCCAGUGAUCCUACAGUACUCUCAAAGCACUUUUCCUCCAGCUUAUAUAAUAGCAAUUUCAAGCCAUUCUCCAUCAAACAUGAUCAUGAAGGAAAGAAAUGGAGUGUUGCCACUCUCUGAGGAAAAGAGAAGAUACUUAUGGUUUUAUCGUUUCUACUGCAAUAAUGAAAACUGCUCCCUUCCUUUGGUCCUGGGUAGUGCCCCUGGAUGGGAUGAAAGGACUGUUUCAGAAAUACAUACCAUUUUGAGAAGAUGGAAAUUUUCUUGCCCUUUGGAGGCACUUGGACUUCUGACUGCCAGUUUUCCAGAUCAAGAAAUUCGUAAAGUGGCAGUUCAACAAUUAGACAACCUCUUGAAUGAUGAACUACUGGAACAUCUCCCACAGCUAGUUCAGGCUGUCAAGUUUGAAUGGAACCUUGAAAGUCCUCUGGUACAAUUCCUAUUGCACCGUUCAUUGCAAAGCAUCCAGAUAGCCCAUCGUCUUUACUGGCUGCUAAUGGAUGCACAGAAUGAAACUUAUUUUAAAAGCUGGUAUCAGAAGCUGUUGGCUGCUCUCCAAUUCUGUUCAGGAAAAGCCUUGAGUGAUGAGUUUUCCAAGGAGAAGAAACUUAUUAAAAUUCUGGGAGACAUCGGGGAAAAAGUCAAGUCUGCCAGUGACCCUCAGAGACAGGAGGUACUAAAGAAAGAGAUUGGCAGACUAGAAGAAUUCUUUCAGUGUAUAAAGACCUGCCACCUUCCUCUGAACCCUGCCCUGUGUAUAAAGGGUAUUGAUCGUGAUGCAUGUUCAUAUUUCACAUCUCACGCUUUGCCAUUGAAGAUUACUUUCAUCAAUGCUAACCCAAUGGGCAAAAACAUCAGCGUCAUUUUUAAGGCCGGAGAUGAUCUUCGUCAGGAUAUGCUUGUUCUGCAGAUUAUUCAAGUGAUAGACAAUAUUUGGCUGCAGGAGGGCUUGGAUAUGCAAAUGAUCAUUUAUAGAUGUUUAUCCACAGGAAAAGGUCAAGGGUUGGUGCAGAUGGUACCUGAUGCCAUAACCCUAGCAAAGAUCCAUCGCCAUUCUGGACUGGUAGGACCAUUGAAAGAAAACACAAUCAAAAAGUGGUUCAGUCAGCACAACCAUUUAAAGGCAGAUUAUGAAAAGGCCUUGAGGAACUUUUUCUAUUCCUGUGCUGGCUGGUGUGUGGUAACGUUCAUCCUGGGAGUCUGUGACCGACAUAACGACAAUAUCAUGCUGACAAAGUCAGGCCACAUGUUUCAUAUUGACUUUGGAAAAUUCCUAGGUCAUGCACAAACAUUUGGAGGGAUAAAAAGGGACCGAGCACCUUUUAUUUUUACUUCAGAGAUGGAGUACUUUAUUACAGAGGGUGGGAAAAACCCACAGCGUUUCCAAGAUUUUGUGGAGCUUUGCUGUCAAGCUUAUAAUAUUGUCAGAAGGCACAGUCGACUGCUCUUGAACCUGUUAGAAAUGAUGAUACAUGCAGGAUUGCCUGAGCUGGGUGGAAUCCAAGACCUGAAAUAUGUGUAUAAUAAUCUUCGUCCACAAGACACAGACCUGGAAGCAACAAGUCAUUUUACCAAGAAAAUAAAGGAAAGUCUGGAGUGCUUCCCUGUUAAGUUAAAUAACUUGAUCCAUACACUUGCACAAAUGACAGCCAUAAGUCCUGCUAAAUCUACUUCACAGACUUUUCCCCAGGAAUCCUGUAUGCUGAAUGCAACCAGGGCAAUUCAAAGAGCGACAAUUUUAGGGUUCAGCAAGAAAACUAGUAAUCUGUAUCUAAUCCGGGUGAAACACAGUAACAAUGAAACAAGCCUGACAGAAAAAUCAUUUGACCAGUUUUCAAAACUUCACAGCCAACUUCAGAAGCAGUUUGCAUCAUUGACUCUCCCAGAAUUUCCUCAUUGGUGGCACUUACCUUUUACAAAUUCAGACCACAAAAGAUUCAGAGACCUAAAUCAUUACAUGGAACAGAUAUUAAAUGGAUCAUAUGAAGUUGCAAACAGUGGUUCUGUGGUUAGUUUUUUCCUCUCUGAGCCAGUUCAACAAACAAUUGAAGAAUCAUCGCUCAUGGACCUAGGUGAGAAGUUUCCUGACAAGACGCCUAAGGUGCAGUUAGUGAUAUCUCAUGAAGAUGCGAAACUGACCAUCCUAGUGAAACACAUGAAAAACAUUCAUCUCCCAGAUGGCUCUGUGCCCAGUGCACAUGUUGAAUUUUAUCUUUUACCAUAUCCCAGUGAAGUUCGUAGGAGGAAAACGAAAUCUGUUCCAAAAUGUACCGACCCCACUUAUAAUGAAAUUGUGGUGUAUGAUGAAGUCACAGAGCUCCGAGGACAUGUCUUAAUGCUUAUUGUGAAAAGCAAAACCGUAUUUGUGGGAGCAAUUAACAUCCAACUUUAUAGUGUCCCUCUCAAUGAAGAAAAAUGGUAUCCACUAGGAAACUGUAUAAUUUGACCAUUUCUAUCAACCAAUGCAUUGUUCAUUAACUACUUAUAUCUUUUUCCACUUCUAGGCCUCUCUAUCACAAGAGCAGGACAUUUUAGUUUUCAAAGAUAGCUUAGUGUACCAAGGACACAAGAAAAAUAAAUAAGAAUAGUUUUUGAGAAACAAACUGAGGGUUCUAGAGGGGAGGACUGGGGGGAUGGGUUAGCCUGGUGAUGGGUAUUAAGGAGGGCACGUAUUGAAUGGAGCACUGGGUGUUAUAUGCAAACAAUGGAUCAUGGAACACUACAUCAAAAAAAAAAAGAAUAGUCUUUUAUAGUAAUAUAUUCUCUACUGUGUUUCAUUGUUUUCUUAGAAUAUUUUCUCCUUAAUAAAGUGCCAGUUUAUUGUCUAAAAUUCAAUAUGCAAAAUAAUAACAGAACAUUUAAUUUUAAUAUAUCUUUUAAAUCAAAUAUGUGUUCACAUUUUUUAACUGUGUACCUAUGGUUACAGCAACACUGUUACUGUGGUUUCCAAGAAAUACAGCAAUAAAAAAAUCUCAUCAAUU